CUCGGGGCUCCUGGAGUUAAUGUCCAACCGGGGGUCUGCGGAGACCGGAGCCGAGGUGCCGCCGCCGGACGGGACUCUAAGAUGAAGUUAUGGGAUGUCGUGGCUGUCUGCCUGGUGCUGCUCCACACCGCGUCCGCCUUCCCGCUGCCCGCCGGUAAGAGGCCUCCCGAGGCGCCCGCCGAAGACCGCUCCCUCGGCCGCCGCCGCGCGCCCUUCGCGCUGAGCCGUGACUCAAACACGCCAGAGGAUUAUUCUGAUCGGUUUGAUGACGUCAUGGAUUUCAUUCAAGCCACCAUCCGAAGACUGAGAAGGUCGCCCGAGAAGCAGGUGGCCGUGCCGCCCCGGAGGGAGCGGAAUCGCCAGGCCGCGGCCGGCAGCCCGGAGAGUUCCAGGGCCAAAGGGCGGCGAGGCCAGCGGGGCAGAAACCGGGGUUGUGUCUUAACGGCAAUACAUUUAAACGUCACUGAUCUGGGUUUGGGCUACGAAACCAAGGAGGAACUGAUUUUUCGGUACUGCAGCGGUUCCUGCGACGCGGCCGAGACAAUGUACGACAAGAUAUUAAAAAACUUAUCCAAAACCAGGAGGCUGGUGAGUGACAAAGUAGGGCAGGCUUGCUGCAGACCCAUCGCCUACGACGACGACCUGUCGUUUCUGGAUGACAACCUGGUUUACCACAUUCUAAGGAAGCAUUCCGCCAAAAGGUGUGCGUGUAUCUGACUCGGGCUCCGGAGACUGCCGUGUAUUGCAUUCCUACUACGG